CCACAGUUGUUUGCUUAUGCACAAUGUUUAUUUACUGUUUGAGUUAUUAAAUGAUCAUUCUAAUCACUGCAAUCUGUUUUUGUCCAUUUUUAAUGGUUUAGGGCAUGAAGUACAAGAACUUGUCAGAGCCAGUUGUAAGGCCCGAGAUCACGCCUAUUGCCCUUACAGCCAGUUCAGUGUAGGGGCUGCAGUGAGGAUGUCCUCAGGAGAUUUGUAUACAGGAUGUAACAUUGAAAAUUCUGCCUAUCCUGUCACCAUAUGUGCAGAAAGAACUGCAAUCGCCAAGGCUGUGAGUGAGGGGAACAAGAAUAUCUCUGCCAUUGCUGUUACUGCUAUUCUAGAACCUAAUAAAACAUUUGUGUUUCCAUGUGGAUCCUGUAGGCAGUUUAUAGUUGAAUUUGCUAAAGAUAAAGAUGUUCCUAUUUAUCUUGCAAAACCAGACUUGAAGAACAUUUAUGUCACUUCAAUAAAAAAACUAUUACCACAUGACUUUCAUUUUUGAAUCAGUGCAGUAAUCAUACUUAUAUUUACAAAAUACAACAGUAAUUUUUAUAAAUUCUGAACCUAUUCAACUUGUGAGCAGUACAAAAUUUCUCGGUCUUUGGAUAGAUAAUAAUUUUAACUUGGACCAAUAUGGAAAUAAGAUUUGAACUAAAACUAACUUUGUCACAUAUAUGUUUUUGGAAACAUGUCCAGUUUAAGCAGCGAAUCCACACCAAAAAUGAGUUACCAUUCCUAUAUUUCAUUUAGAAUAAGUCUGUUUGUUUCAACAAAAAAACAAAAUCUUGGUGCAAUUUUUAAGCAACAAAAAGGAGUAAUUAAGACAGGCUUAUUAAGAUAAUUCAUUCUAUCCUGUUAUAAUAUUCUACCAGGAAAUAUUUCAGAUCUUUAAAUAUAUUAACAGUUUAUAACCAAUCUGUUUCUGAUAUUAUUAUGAUUUUAAAAGAUGUGAAUUUCUGCAACAUUUCAAAAUUAAAUUUUAUAUUACAAUAUCAAAAAGCAAUUUCUAAUACAUUAUAAUAAAAAAGCUGAAAUCAUACCCAACCGCCACAGACAUAAUUCUAUACAAAAACAAUUAUGUAUAGAAUUAUACAGGUGCAAAUCAUAUGUAUAUAUUCAAAAACAUAUUAAAGCAGCAUUUGUUUGAGAGUGAUCUACUCCAUGGAGUAAUAUUUUUACUGUAAAUGAUUGUAUAUGAGGUAGGUUCCAUAAGUUUCUGCACUAGGAAAGAAGGAAAGGUGAAAAAAUUAAGUAUCGUUUUUCAAUAUAUUCUGCUACACACUUCAGGCACAGCUUAGGUAACAUUUCCAUACCUUGAAACAAAUAGUUUUCUUCCUGCCUUGCCUGCAAAAAUGUUUUUUUCCACAGCUGGUUGGUGGACCUCUUUAUCUGUGUUAGUUCUCCUCCCUCAUUGAUCAGAUUUCAACUUGGAAAAUAGAUAAUAGUCACUGGGGCCCAGGACUGGGCUGUAAGGUGGAUAAACGAUUUCGUGAAACCCACAGUCCCUCACAGCAACCUUGGCAAUCAAUGUAUGCCAGAUGUAUUGUCUUUUCUUGUUAUAGCAUUAUGCAAAUGAUGAAUUAGGACUUCAUAAUAAUCUGCAUUCACUAUGGUAGACUAUAUGUUUCUUUAAAAUCACUUAGCAGUAUCCCUCUACAAUCCUAUAAAGGUGUUCACACAAUUUGUUUUGUCGGCUUCUACAUUUGGCAGGGUCUUCCUGGCCUUCUUCAUUGCAUGGAUCCCCUUUUACUGAGAAGUUAUAGUACAAGACCGUUGUUACAUUCCUAGCGAAUGUUCAUUAGUUCAGACAUUAUGUGGGUCAGAAUAAAAUAAAAUUUUAAAAAAUUCAUUGGAACAACAAACACCCAUCUUGCGCUCACCUUACUCAUAUGCAAAAGUUCUUUUUUAAACAUCCCAAUCUUGCAGCUAUCUUUGGUCUUCUGACACCUGUUGUUUCAAUUUUCAAGAGUUGGUUUGUUUCAAGUGUGACUGUUUCCACAGAGCAACCAUAAUCUGACUUUCUCACUCUAACAUAAACAUUUCUCACUAUUCUUUUACAGUAGAAUACGAGGAGAGAACCGCCCUUAGACAGCAUCCAAGCACUCUUAACUUGUAUAGGAGUAAGGGACUCCUUACACAAGAAUUUAAUCACCACACUUUACUCAAUCUUAAUCAUAAUGAAACAGCAUUAUUUCCUUCCAUGUCAGAGACAGACUGACAAAACUGAAGAGAUUUGGGGAAGAACCGGUCCCAGCCAGCUUGAAGCAGGGCAAGUCAGAAACUUACGGACCUUAUCUUGUUGGUAAGGUAUAUAGUAUAAUAUAGUUAUAAUAUAUUAUACUACUAUUUAAGGUGACCAUAACUGUGAAACAUCAAAACAGGAUGACGGAAAUGUUUAAGUAAAAUGGUGAGUUUUUAUACUUCAUGAUAUUAAUUACUUUGCUUUACUAUAAAAAAAAAUUCUUUGUAUUUGUAUUAUUUUCGUAGCCACUACUCUAGUUUAAAUAAAAUUUAAGUACAAUUAUUAUUAUAUAGUACAUUUGGCUGUCCCAAUGGGAAUCGUAGGGACGCCAGGACAUGAUUUGCUAAAUUGGGACUGUCUUGCCAAAAGCCAGAUGUCUGGUCACCUUAACUAUAAUAAACAUUAUAAUAAUAAAUCAGAUAUGGCAUAAUAAAUAAGACAAAGUAGAGUAAGGAGGACUUCUGUAUUUUAUUACAUCAUGACACUAUUGAGAUUGUACCUCGUACAAUUAUUAAUGAAUAAACAGAAUUUUGAUUUUAGCUUAUAUUAAUUAUUAUUGUAAAUUAGUUGUAAGGGGCAUAAGGAAUUAAAUAUGUAUUAUGUUGUUUAUAGGUUAUUUGAUAUUGGUUGAGAUAGUCACUUUAUUUAAACCAUAUCCAGGCUGUCAAAAUGAUAUUCAUAUUUUUAGUAAUUUUUUUAUUUAUAUGUAUAUUUAUAUUUAUACUUUCUAUGGCUCUAGUCACUUUUUGUGUUUGUCAGUGCUGUAUGCUAAUUUAUUUAAGUUUUACAAAUGUUUAACUUAAAACUAUUAAAUUUAAAAAAAUUGUUAUUUAAUAGUUUUAAGUUAAACAUCAGCAGUGAAAAACUUGAAGCCAAUGUUCAGUCAAGUUUUUUGAGUACUGCAAAUGGAUUUUAUAAUACCGCAUAAAGUAUCUCAAGCAUUGGGCCUGCCAUUUCAAGGAGCUUGAAGAACAACUUGGUUGGCUCUAUCUGAAGGAAGUUCCAGUUUGGGAGAAUGCAACUUUAGGUAAAAAUUUAUUAUUUUUGAAUAUAUUAAUUAUAUGUAGGAACUGAUUUAACCAGUAUUAACUUUUGCAUAGUAGAAAAAUAAAUUUAUUAUUUGUGACUUUUGUUACCUUUUUCUGUUUACUUUCCAAUCAUAUAAUUAUAAUAAAUCUAAUGUAAAAUAUCGAGUUGUAAACAGAUGCCAGCUCUAACAACGCUGUUUGUGAUUAACAUGGUAUUAUUAAGUAUAGUAGGAUAUCUUUUACAUGGAGUGAAGUGACUACAGUCAAUCAUAAAAAAGAGGAAAUGCACAAAAAUAAAUACUGUAAGCACUCUUGUACAGUAGCAGUAAAUUAGACUAAAAUUUUACUUCUGAUAAUGCAUGUAAUUUAAAUGUCAAUGUAUGCAGAAUAUUGAAGUGUGUUAUUUUAUAAAAUUCAUUUUGUUUAAUACAAGUUUCAUGUAAUUUAUUAAUAUACUAAAAGAGAAAAUAGUAUCUCACUUUACAACAUAAAAGCUAACUUGUGAAAUCUUCAGAGUAGCCUAUACACAAAUAUGAAUGAACUGCCCUAUGUCACUGAAGAAAAUUAAUUAAUCCCAUGUGAAACACUGAACUAGUCCUAAAAUGCAUUCACAAAUAAGUUCUUUAUCAAUUCAAUAAAAAGUGUGCUAUGUUUAUGAAAUUAGUUUGCUGGAAAAAUUAUAAUUAUGGUAGCUCUAUCCAUAAAGUUAAACAACUAAAACUGUGUUGUCAUAAAGAUAAGGCUGUGUUGUCAGAAAGAUAAGGGACGUACUUCUAUGUUGAACCUUUGCUUUGCCUUCAGAAGUGGUUAGACAGAAUAAAUUAGGUUACAGUACCUGAUCAUGACACUUAUUUAAGUAAUUAUGAUUACUCAAGUUUUGAGAUUCGGUAUCCCAUCUUCAGACCACUGAUGUCUUGAACCAAAUUCCAAAACAUGGGUAAUAAAAUAUUAUUUAAAUAAAGGUGAUGAUCAGGAACUGUAACCUUAUUUAUAAUAUUUCUAUGACUCAUCCAAUUGUCCAUAGCUUAGGAGGAAGGUAAGAAUCUGAUUGGCAGGUAGUUUUUGUGGUCAUCGAGACCACUGUUCUCUUUCUUUAUAUAAAUAAAGGUAUUAAGAAUUUCUAAAUAUACUUUAUUUCCAGUAAUUUUGUUUAAUUUGGGUCAUAAUUUUGCCACUGAAGUACAAUUAGUUAUUAAAAUUAUCCAACCAGGAUCUGGUACACAGAUCAAAGGUUAACUGAUUAGACAUUUUACUCAUACAUGUACCAGCACCAAGUUACAUAAGGAUCUCUGGAUAAAGCCCUGAAUUCUAAAUCACUUCAAUUUGAAGGAAACAAAUUCAAAGUUCUUCAUGACUUGGCUCCUAAAGUUUGUUUUGGAUUAUAUUAAAGCAAAUUAGAAACUGAUCAUCCAAAUUCCACCAAAGAUUAGUGUAAGUGUAUCAAAGUGCUAUUUCAAAUUUUCAUAAGAAUUUCAUAGAUUUCUUUAUAUGAAAGAGAGACUAAUAAGUCUAUGAAGUUCAUUUUGUGCUCUGAUAAAGAUGGUUCCUCAAUCACAUGAUAUACCAAAGCCACUAUACAAACUAUAAAUCUAUCAGAACUAACUGCUACAGAGAGAUCUAAAAGUUCAAUAUGUGAAAGCCAUUGUAGAUAAGGAUAUAAAAUGUGUUAGGUAAAUAUUUAUAGUCAGUAGAUCAUCAGUCUUUAUACUGUAAUAAAGCCUAUUGAUUACAAUUAUUAUUACCAAUAUAAAUAACUUUUAUCUUUUUCUAAAAUUCAUUAUUUUUUAACGAAUUAGAGUACUUAAUUAUAAGAUUAUAGUGAUUUGUACAUUAUAUCGUUCUAAUCUUAAAAUUAGAAAAAUUGUGCAUUAUAAAAAAGAUAAUGAUUUUAAAUGGUUGGUUUUAUAUAAAGAUGGACCCUUUUAACUUAACUUGUAAUGUCAUUAUGAUCUUUUGGAUCCUUCCACAAUAUGUUGUAUUGGUUUAUUUAACUGCCUUAAUUUUUAUUAUUGGUUGUCUAAAUUCACAACAUAUAAUCAUGAACAUUGGUAUAUGACCUGUUUUAAAGAUGGACUGCAAUUUCUAUUCACAAAUUAACAUUAUUUGAAAAUUCACCAAAUUAUAAAAGACCUAAUUUCAAAAUGAGCUGCUGCGUCAUUUAAAACAGCAUACAAUGUUGUGGGUUUUUGCUGGACAAUUAUGUAACAUAUACACUAGAUGUACAUUUGACUAAUAUAAUUUUAUUUAACCCUAGAACUGUGUAAAAAACGUCUUUAGACUAAUUAUUUAAUUGCAUUGUUAGUUUACAUUAUAUCAUGAUAACAUUGGUAUCAAUCGGUUCAGGGGAUUGUAAUCUAUAUAUUUUGUGUCUAUAGGUGCAAUAUAUUGGCCAUAAUAAAUAGUUUCCCAAGCUUAUUUUGAAAGCUGUGAGUCAAUCAGGAUAGUGGAACCCAUAAAAUACGUUGUUUCAACCAAUUAUAGCUAUUUCACCCGUUUGACAUAACACCGGUUGGUAAACUGUCUAAUUUGCAUUAGGAAUAAUAAUAUUUCUUCCAAUAUUUCUGCCACUUUAUUUAUUCAUCCGGUUUAUUUACAUUUCUGUAAAGCUACAAGAGGUAAUUUAGAAAAUGGUAUAGACGUGUAAUACACAUUUAUGUCAGCAAUUAUUUAUUGCAAAAAUAGAAAGAAAAAAAAUAUUUUGUUGUAGCUGAAGAGAUGUCCUAUCAGUAGAAUAGUAUUUUGUGCUACAGGUUGUCACUACUGACCAAUUUUCUAAACAGAAAUCUGUCUCUCAAUGGCAGAGUGCUCUAGCCAUUUUCGCGUUGUGUAGACUAGUCAAGUUUGUGCCGAGUGUUGUGUGAUUAGUCAUCUUGUAUACAUGCGUAUGUUAUAAAUUAAUGUUAUUAAGUGUUGUGAUAAUGUCUUUAAUUUAUGUCGAUAGUUAACAAAUAAAAUUAUUUUUUAUAAA